AUGACUUCAACUCCGCCUCUUCAAAUCGCAUCGACUCCUCAAACUCCCGAGACUCCUUUACAUGGCGCCGCUUAUGAGCGUUCGAACACCUCCUCUAAUCGACGUGCUACAAGAACAAGCUCUCGAAUUGCCUCGACCAAUCUGCACUCCACUCCCGAUGGACGCGAGAAGAUACCUGACGUUGAAGCGCCUGUGACUACUCCGCGCUCAUCACGAAAGGCACGGCCGAGAGUUGCGCCUGGAUAUCAAUCGCCGGAGUCGACACCAAAGCACAAGGCACCUCGUCGUGUCCACGUCAUCUCUCCUCCAUCACCCGACGACGAGACUCUCCCACUCAACACCAACAAACCUCCUCCCUCCAAAUCGCACCUUCAACCAUUUGCAUCUUCCUCCACCACGAUUUCCGACGGCAUGCUUCCGACUCCGGUCAAAACUCCGAAAAAGAAAAUGAUCCCCAAAGCCAGCAAUGCCGCCCGUGCGCUCUUCCAGGACAAUACUCUGAGUGCGAACCACUUGGUGGACUUUGAGCCGAGCCCCAAAAGAAAUAGAAAGAGUAAACGCUACAACGGCUUCUCACUCGAAAGCUUCACUGUCGGAAACGAUGAUAGCCGCGGGCAGGUUCAAAUUUAUACCGACUCUCGUGAUAGAGUGCCUCACGUCGACAACAGUGAAUCCAACCCUUUCAUAGAGCGAAGCAUGAACGGGGAAACUUCGUCGAGUCGCAAAAUUGCUGGGACAUCUAAGCGCCGCAAGGUCAGCGGAGAGCGGAAGAAGCUGGAUCCCCAAGUCGAAGAGGCUAUCGAAAAGGACGACGGUAUGGUUUACGUAUUCCGUGGCAAGAAGGUCUAUCGCCGGUUUGAUGAUGAGGAAGAUGAGGAAGAAGACAUUGAUGAGGGCGACCUCGGUCUCUUGGAGCACACGCCCAAAGGUUCAGAUGUGAAGCGGCUCCGAACCCUUACCCGACGGUCAAUAAAGCCCAAACGACUUUUCCAAACUGAAGCCCAGCAGAAGGCACGCGAGGCGGAACGGGAGGAGGAAGCAUUGACUGACAUCGAGGAACCGAUUGAUCACAGGGAAGAUGCCUCUGCGGCAGUCGGUGAUGGUAAAUCGAGCGAAGUUGCCUCCAAUUCAGUGACCAGGAGGUCACUUCGCUCAAGUGGUCCCGUCUCUCUGAUACCCAAAGACGCCGAGUCACUGGACGCCAGCCGUCGCUCAACGCAAAAAGCCAGUCCCUUCGAUUCCUGGCCAAGGCUCAAAAGCGGAGGGCGACCGGCGGCCAGCACUCCUAAGGGGAAGAAGCGCAGUGCGGUGGAUAUGUUGGACAACAGUGUUGGGGCCAUCGGUGUCGAAGCCAAAAAGUCCAAGACUUGA